AACAACUUUACUUGUAGUUCAAUAAACAACACAUCAAAAAUGGCAUUCAAGCUUAUCUGUCUAUUUGCCUUUGUGGCUGCAGCACAAGCUGGUUUAAUUCCAUCUCAUGGAUAUGCCGCCGCACCAGUAGCGUACGCAUCACAAUCAUUGCAUGCUGCUCCAUUAGCUGUAGCUCAUGCUGCACCAAUUGCAGUUGCUCAUGCUGCCCCAGUACAUGCAAAAGUUCUUGUUGCUGAAGCACCAGCUCAAUACAGUUUCCAAUAUGGUGUACAUGAUGCCCACACUGGUGAUGUUAAAGAACAACAUGAAGAACGUCAUGGUGAUGCUGUCCAAGGUUACUACACUUUAAAUGAAGCUGAUGGAACUAAACGUAUUGUCCACUACACCGCUGAUGACCACAAUGGUUUCAACGCAGUUGUACAACGUGAAGGUCAUGCUGCCCAUCCAGCUGUUGCUGUAAAAGCUGUAGCUCCAGUUGCCAUUAAAGCAGUAGCUCAUGCUCCAGUAGCUUAUGCCAGUCAUGCUGCUCCAUUAGCUUAUGCCAGUCAUGCUGCUCCAUUAGCUUAUGCCAGUCAUGCUGCUCCAUUAGCUUAUGCCAGUCAUGCUGCUCCAUUAGCUUAUGCCAGCCAUGCUGCCCCAUUAGCUUAUGCCAGCCAUUCUGCUCCAUUAUCUUAUGCUAGUCAUGCUGCUCCAUUAGCAUAUGCUGGCUAUCAUCAUAUAAUGGCAUUCAAACUUAUCGCAUUCGCAGCACUUAUUGCUGUAGCUCGUGCUGGUCUUAUCCCAACCCAUGGAUAUGCUGCUGCACCAGCUGUAUAUUCACACGCCGCUCCAGCUGUAUACGCUCAUGCCUCUCCAGUAGCUGUAGCUCAUGCUCCAAUUCACGCUAAAGUACUCGUUGCUGAAGCUCCAGCCAAAUACAGUUUCCAAUAUGGUGUACAUGAUUCCCACACUGGUGAUGUUAAAGAACAACAUGAAGAACGUAAUGGUGAUGUUGUACAAGGAUACUACACUUUAAAUGAAGCUGAUGGAACCAAACGUAUUGUUCACUACACCGCUGAUGAUCACAAUGGUUUCAACGCAGUCGUACAACGUGAAGGUAAACCAGUUCACCCAGUUGCCGUAAAAGCUGUCGCUCCAGUAUACGCUCAUGCUGCACCAUUAGCUGUAGCUCAUGCUGCACCAGCUGUAUAUGCACAUGCAGCACCAGCUGUAUAUGCCCAUGCUGCUCCAUUAGCCGUAGCUCAUGCAGCUCCAUUAGCGUAUGCCAGUCAUGGUUACCAUCAUUAGAACUAAAUUUUUUUAUUUAAUUUUAUGCUUUUGUAAAUAUGAAUGUGUG